AUGGUGCAGAAUAAGCGCUCUCACAGUUCUAUCACACCGCCAACUUCCGAUGAAGAUACUAUGAGAAUUGAUCAUCUGGAUUGGUACGGAGCCGAAAACCUUGGAAACGUUUGGCAUGGGGGCUUUCCGAGCUUUCAUUUCCCAAACGACCAAACCCCCUUAGAUUCAAACGAUGUCGGACUGGGUUCUUUUGAAGACUUCAUCGGUGGUGUUGUAGAUUGGACUGAUGGCAUUGAAUUCACAAACGAUCAACACAACUCAUCAGCAAAACCAUCAAACACAAAACUCGGUUCAGCAGACUAUAUCAUUGCCAAAACUCGAGCCACAAGAGCUCUCACACCAGUGAGCCAGGAGAACCUUGCAUCACGACACGCCGCGAACCUCAUCUCCCGCAUCGUCAGUGCAUUUCCUCAAAUGAUGCUGCGGCGGCAUACAUUUCCGCCGUUCAUACAUCCAUACUGGCAUAAAGCUAGUGUGCCGGAGAAUCUCGCCAACUGCAUGAGCAUUGCACAGCUGUUUGUUUCCAGGACGACAGAUACGCGGCCCUUUCUGUGGACGACUAUCGAAGCGGAACAGAAGCGUUGUUUGGAUGAAAAACAUCUAUUCAGUAAAGCAGAGCUCCAGCAGGCAGUUCAAGCAACAACGAUUUACAUCGUCAUGGCCAUUAUUGACCAAGACGAAGAUACCCCAGCACGAGGGGCUCGACUGAUGAAGACUUUUCUUGAGUUAAAGCUGCAGCUGCAGCUCCUCAUCGGCGGGGACCUCAUCAUCUCGGAAACAGAGGCAGCAAAUCCCAGUCCAACGUGGGAGGAAUGGAUUUUUGCAGAAUCUCGACGCAGGAUCGGAUGCCUCUGGUUCGCCAUCACGCGCGUAUUCGCUCUCAAAACUGAUCGAGCGCAUUGCUCCAGCAUGGAUGACUUUCACAACUUGCCUCUACUAUCCGGGAAAUCAAUAUGGGAAGCACGAACGCACGACGAGUGGGAGAGUGAAAAGUAUCUGGAGGAAGUGAGUUAUCCGAUACCGACGUUUGGCGAGCUGCUUCGUGCACAGCAGAGGGCUGGAGAUGCCAUGUAUGCGCGCAAGUUGGACAAUUGGGAAGCUGGUGCGGAUAAGCUGGGAAUGAUGAUGAAUAUUGCUGUUGAGCUUGCUGGGUAG